CAUGUAUUCACAAGAGCUGGACAGUCGAGCGCAGGACACAUGCCGGUUCGAUUGCAGGAUAGACCCUCUACCUUUUUUAUACAUUGUUGAUUGAGGCUUAAGCAGAACAUUAUUCCGAUUCAUUCGCCUUGGCGGACACAUUGAAAGAAUAAACUUUGUAAGCUUUCUUGAUUAUCGGAGAUAUUUACCAUGGAAGAAUCACCCGCUAACUCGCCGGAUCAGGCAAGCUUUGCUGACAUUAAUAACAACCAAGAUUCCAAACCCACCUCUGACAAAUCCAUCGAUUCGCCUGAAGAAAAUAACAAUGAGUGCGACGACAGCAAGCAGAAGAGGAAACAGCGAAGGCAAAGAACGCAUUUCACGUCGUAUCAGUUGCAAGAACUCGAAGCCAUGUUUGCAAGAAAUCGUUAUCCCGAUAUGUCUAUGCGCGAAGAAAUGGCGAUGUGGACAAACCUAACAGAAGCACGAGUUCGAGUCUGGUUUAAAAAUCGUCGCGCAAAAUGGAGAAAGAAGGAAAAGAAUAGCCCAUCGAUUCUCGGGCAGGAUAAAGCAACGGCAAUGAUUCCAAAUUUAAAUGGGUAUUUCGAGAGCGGAGGUGUUCGUUACGAAACAGCGUCAGAAAACACGGCCGCGAUGUAUUCAAACUACGGCUCGAGCUACUGGAAGCAAAGUUCGCCAAGUCUGGGAGCAUACAGCUCUCUAUCUCAGACAGGCAACGGCCUUGGGUAUACUGGUUAUUCGUCUUCAGUAGCACCGCCAAUAUCUGGAUCCUUGACUUCUUUUGGGACACCCAUUUCAGCAGACAGCGCAGUGUAUGCCCCGAGUGGUGCAGCCGUCCCGCCGAGUGUGCCCUGUGCUUAUCCUCAAAGUUAUGCGGGCUAUCAAGAGCAGAACUUAUAUCUAAAAUCAAAACCUGCAAGCCAUCAUCCCAGCUAUCCUCAGCCGUCUCCAUACGGAUCUUACGGUUCCUAUGAAAUACAAAUUUAGGACUUGGUGCUUGUCCGCACCAUAUCCCGGAAACUGGAGGUUCGAUUUUAGUGCUGUGAAACAGACGAUUGAAGUUGGUGAGGUUAAAAACCUGAAAAACAUUGAACCAAAAACUCACUUUAGUUUUCGAAUUAUAUGAUUUUCAAGCCAGAAGUCCGUGAACUGAGAAAAUGUUAUAAAAAUUGCUUAAUGGUUGACGAAGACAUCUUCUUUCAAUAGAUCCCACGGAACUUGUUCUUUUAAGACUAUAYUAUAGCCGUUUGAAAUGUGCACUAGUUAGAAUUUAAAAUGGUAAAUAAUAGGUUAAGGUAAAACUGUAGAAUAGAAUAGAAAUAAGAAAACUCGGCGUUUUAGUAAAUAAUAUCGUUAAAUUGUGAUUUGAUUUUCGCAAAUUGUGUGUAAAGUUUCMAAGAUGUCAGCCAAAAAAUUGUACUUCGGUAUCGUCUGUAUAUUUGCUAAGGAUAAUUCGACUAAAUCUUCUUUCUUUUUGAACUAAGAAGACUUUGAUACCUGUGUAAGUGCGUGCUAAUAAUUGUUUUGUUAUAAAACCGUGUUUUCUCGCUCCUUAAUCCCGAACAGCAUCAACGUUGUUAUUAGAAGUAAUACUCUUGUACAUGGAAAGGAUUCAAAUGUAACGAAGCUGACUGACAGCUUGUGCUGUCCACCGCGUACAGUUCUUAUUUCUUAACCCGGUUAUUAGGCACACCUAGUAGUCGCUUUGUAUCUGAAAGUGGCCUUUUAACAAAAUUCUUAUAAAUUUUGUUUUAUCUUGAGUUUUAAUAAAAUACAGUACAGUGACUUUCCCUUGAAAA